AUGACAGGUCAUCAUCAAGGUGGUGUCCCACACGCGGGUCUAGCCCACAGUAUCAUUGGUGAGGCAGUGAAGGGAAGGUCCAUAGGAUGCACUGGCGUUGGCAUCGUCCAUGUAGGUGCCCAGAGGAGACCGGUCGUGAGGAGCUCACUGUCAGAUGAAGCACUCGUGUUCAACUAUGAAAGGCCUGGGGCGGGAGGCGUGCCUGGUCUGGGAGGUUGGAUGCCUCAUCUGCCGAGCCCUGCCAUUAACGUGAGAUGGGAUCUUGAUGGCAUGCGUAUCUUGAGGUUGAGCGGAUAA